AGGCUAGUGACUAACAUGGAUUUUCAUCCACAGACACUUGCUGGGUUUUGCGUUAUGGGGAAGCAUGGUCUGGCUACCUGGUUGGUCAUCCUUCUCAACUUCGCUACACUUCUCACUUCUCUUGCUUGUUCCUACUGCCCAUCUCCAACUCCUCCUAAACCACCCAAGGUAAAGCACCCCCUUCCGCCUCUUCCACCUAAACAUCCUCCACAUGUCAAACCACCUUACGUGCCCAAGCCUCCUGCUGUAAAACCACCAUAUGUACCUAAACCUCCAGUUGUGGAGCCGCCUUAUGUGCCCAAGCCUCCUGUUGUAAAACCACCAUAUGUACCUAAACCUCCUGUUGUGGAGCCGCCUUAUGUGCCCAAGCCUCCUGUUCUAAAUCCGCCUCAUGUGCCCAAACCUCCUAUUGUAAGGCCUCCUGUUGUAAAACCACCUUAUGUGCCCAAGCCACCAGUGGUUCAGCCCCCACCGCCACCAGUAGUUCAUCCCCCACCGCCACCAACUGUGGUGCCAAAGCCUCCUCCGGUUGCUAAGCCACCCCCAGUUGAGACGCCAUGCCCGCCUCCCCCACCGCCACCAUCACCGUGCCCACCACCACCACCCAAGGGGAGGCCCCCACCACAAAAGACAUGCCCCAUUGACACUCUGAAGCUGGGUGCAUGUGUGGAUUUGUUGGGAGGGCUUGUGCACGUUGGGAUAGGAAGUAGUGCUAAGGACACAUGCUGUCCAGUGCUGCAAGGGCUUGUGGACUUGGACGCUGCCGUCUGUCUUUGCACCGCCAUCAAAGUCAAGCUUCUUAACGUCAAUAUCAUCAUACCCAUUGCUCUUCAAGUCCUUGUUGGCUGUGGCAAGACUCCACCUUCAGGAUUCCAAUGCCCUGCCUAAGUGGAUGACGUAGUUUGGAAAGUGGAAGAGAAUAACACGUGACGAGUGAGAGGUUGAAGAAAGCCAUUAUAGUAGAAAAUGUGUCUUUAUGUGUUUUUGUAAUCUCUGUUGUACGCAUAUCAAAGGGUUUAUCAUAUAUAUGCAUAAAUGCAUCAUCUCAUGCAUGUUUUUCCGUUCUGCAGAUGUUAUCAGUUAAAACUUAAACAUACUUCAUACCUUUGAAGUGGAUGGUUCUUUCUCAA